CUCCCUUCCUCUCCGUCUAUCCCUCCCCAUUCUCCCUCGACGCCACGCAUAGUCCGCUCAUGCCCAAGGCAGCUAGCUCCAGCUCUUCUCGUCCUGCGCUGCGCCGGAAUCAGGCAUGCUUGUCCUGCCGGAAGCGGAAGCUGAAAUGCGACGCUGCCCGACCUCAUUGCGGGACAUGCGUAAAACAAUGGCAGGCUACAAUCAGUGUCCCGCCUCCUCCAGGCUACGUUCACCCAACGGAACCCCAAUGCUCCUACGAUCCCGUGGAAGGGCUGCCAUUAGCUCCAGAGAUAGAUCCCGCAGAAAGGAUUAGACAGCUUGAGGAGGAAGUUGUGCGUCUGAAGCGCAGGCUGAGCGAAGGUGGCCUUCGUGAGACCUCAAACUUUGCCGCCAGCUCCCUUUCCCCAUCUCACUCACCUCGAGUACUUCAUGGGCGACCCAGAUCAUCACUGUCGCGAGCAUCAAAUGGCGGGAUGACUCCUGAUAUGAGCGCGCUCGCCGGGCCUUCCGGGAUUGCCCUACCUCAUGCCUCGCUCAAUAUGAUCUCUUCUAUCCCGAGCGGAAGUCCGGAUAUGAGUAUCCGAAGCGACAGUGGCAGUCCCGAGCUUCGGACUGUACGCUGUCGAGGGCUAUCGAGCGCCGAGUCCCUGACAGAUCUCAUACAUGCCGGAUGGAACCCUGAUUUGCCCGAGCCGCCACUCCUUACACAUUACGUCGAGACCUUCUUCAAGUGCGACCCUUGUGGUUCCCGUAUACUGCAUCGGCCUUCAUUUUUAACAUCUCUUCACCUGCAUCCCCGCGAUCCUGGAUUCCCACAUUCAGCCAUCCUCCAUGCAAUUUGCGCUUCAGCAUCACGUUGGUCCCCCCAAAGCUUGAAGACAAUGCCUGACGGGAGCCGCCGUGAUACCUUCGCUGAGUAUCACGCCGGUAAAACCCGGCAGUACAUAGACCGCACGAUGGCUAGCGGAGAAGAUAUCUUUGCUGUAAUGCAAGCCUGUCUGCUCCUGUCCUGGUAUUUCUACCAGGAAGGGCGCUGGGUGGAAGUUUGGAUUUUUGCCGGAUUCCAGACAAGAGUAGCAAUUCCCCUCAGACUAAAUCACCCCGGGACGUUUACAAUGCUUGGCAGUAGUUCUCCAGGAGCCUAUCUGGCGCCCCCCAAGGAUCGUAGAGAUCUGGAGUCGAGAAGAAGGACAUGGUGGAUGACCAUCCUUUUCGACCGGAUUGCUUCGGUAGGUGGCUGGGUUCACGCUGUCGAUGAGCGAGAUAUCGGCACCGAAUUCCCCUUGCGUCGCGUGGAUUUUGAGUCAGACCAAAUUGAACAUGAUAAUCCACAAGACCUCGUCACGAAGGACGUAUUUAUCACCCAUCCCCCAGAGUUCACCGAUUCUUUCCUACUCCUGUUGAAGGCUGUAAUGCUUUUCGGCCGCGUCACGGAUUAUAACGUGCGCGGCAGUCUACGAGCGGCUUCCCCGCCGUCUAAAAAUCAAGAUCCUUUCCAAUUGGACGGCUUUGAAGAGUUGGACAGACUCGUAUGUGUGGAUUUCCUGAACCAUCUGCCUCCCAGCCACAGAAGCGUGUUCGGGCCUGCCUUCGAGGAAACAGGUGGAAGCGCGGUAGAUACAGAUUUAUACAUGGUCCACAUAAUACCUCACGCGGCCACCAUCACUCUCCACAAUCCCUACCUAGAUUUCGGGAAACCGACCUGGAUAUCGACUCUGCGUUGCGUCCACGCUGCUCAAGAGAUAAUCAGUUUCUAUUACCUUAUAUCGUCAACCCCGUUAGAUAUGACCCGAUUACACCCAUUUGUCACUAUUUGCUGGUAUCUCGCUGCAGUGGUCCAGGUUCAGAUGUGCAAAUACUACAUCCAGAUGGGAGAUACGCCACGGGAGACGCAAGUAUGGGGUGAGAUCAAUAUGUUGCGCUUUGCGAUGCGGGAAUACGGUAAUCGGUCGCCUAUCGGAACUCGUCAAGAACGACUCCUGCAGGGGUUAAUGUCGGAGAUAGUCCGCAUGACCAGUCAACGACAACCACUUGAACUACCGGUUCCCCUCUACCCCUUCUCCCACGCCAGUCUUUUCGGAAAGGAUGGUAGCAACGGGAGCACGAGUGCAGCCAGUAUCAGCGUCACUGGCAGCGACGGUGACGACGUUGAGUACCGGGAAGGCACGCGGGGUGCUCCGCUGCCUCCGAACGGAGGCUUGAGUUCAGACAGCAUGGGGCGGCUACAUGACAUGAGCAUGGAGGCAGGCACCAUGGGCUCACCUUCGAGCCUCAAUGGCCUGUUGAAUGCGGACUCGCCGAAUUCCAUAUUGAGCGGACGGAGUCACAGCUCUAUGGGUUCGGGCGGCGGGGUACCACCCAGCAGCAGUGACCACCGAGCCAGCUGGUCCAAUGGAGAGGAAGUGCCGAGGAUCGCUCGCAAUGGCCCGUUCCUUUGAGCCUAGGGGGGAGCGUGGUGUGUUGAAGUCGGUUUGGAGGUGAGAUAUUUGUGGCAUAAUCUACUGUAUCAAUAUGGCAUUGCAUACUUUGUUUUCUGUUCGUUCUCUCAGGUGUCAUGGCUUUCCUGUGGUUAUGUGUACAUACACUAGAACACUCCCGCUUUACUAUUCUAUCAUGUAGUGUUAGGUUUAUUAUGGACAUUGACGAACUCAGAGAAUCGUCGCCCCCCCCCCCCUUGUCACUGUGUGCUGUGGGAGGCUGGGUGAUGAUGUCCCCGUGU